UUCGUUCAGGGUUACAGAAAAUAAUGCCGUAGAGAAAAGCUCCUCCUCCUCUCUGUUUUGAGUUUAUAUAUAUAAAUAUAUUUUUUUUUUUUUUACAAGCCAAAGGUUCGAUAAUCGUGUGAAAAGUAGAACCAAAGUGGAAUAAAACAAACCUGUUGGAUAUCUGGAAACCCCGGAGUGGGAUGGCGAGGUCGUGCGCUGAGCUUUGAGGACCGUUGCUGGGUUUUUUUGUGCUUUUUUUCGGUGGUAUAAAAACUUGUCUGGCAGAGAAGAGAGGAGAGGAGAGGAAAGCAAGCAAGCAAGCAAGCAAGCAAGCAAGCGUGGCUGGAAAAGAGAUCGUGGAUCGUUCAAACUUGAAAUGGAUGAUGUGGAUACAGUAGCAAGUCAAAAACAACACUGGGCAGAAUGAAGGAGUGGACCCAGCAGCUGAUGUAAAGAAAAUGGGUGUUAAUGCAUCUAGCUACCCUCACUCGUGCUCCCCUCGGACUGGGGGAAACUCACAGACGCAGCAGACAUUUAUAGGAACCUCAUCCUACUCCCACCAGGGCUAUGGCUGUGAGUCGAAGCUCUACAGCCUGGAACAUGGGCACGAGAAACCACAGGACAAGAAGAAGAAGUCCUCUGGGCUGGCCACGCUCAAGAAAAAGUUCAUCAAGAGGCGCAAGUCAAGCCGCUCGGCUGACCAUGCCAAGCAGAUGCGGGAGCUGCUCUCUGGGUGGGACGUGCGGGAUGCCAAUGCCCUGGUUGAGGAGUACGAGGGCACCACUGCCCUUAAGGAGCUUAACUUCCAAGCCAGCCUGGCCCGGCCAGAAAACCUUAGGUUGCAGAAAGAUCUGUCUGAUCUUUACGAGUACAAAUACUGCACCGAUGUUGACCUGUUAUUCCAGGACACCUGCUUCCCCGUGCAUCGGGCCAUCCUGGCCGCGCGGUGUCCGUUUUUUAAGUCCUUGCUUUCCUCUUCUCCAGAAUACGGGGCUGAAAUCAUGAUGGACAUCAACACAGCUGGGAUUGACAUGCCCAUGUUCUCUGCGCUGCUGCACUAUCUGUACACAGGGGAGUUUGGUGUUGAGGAGUCACGCUUCCAGAACGUGGACAUCCUGGUACAGUUGAGCGAGGAGUUUGGGACGCCCAACUCCCUGGAUGUAGACAUGCGGGGCCUUUUCGAUUAUAUGUGCUACUACGACUCCGUCCUCAGCUUCUCAUCGGACUCUGAGCUUGUGGAAGCCUAUGGGGGGAAUCAGGGCUGUCUAGACGAGGAGCUGAGGGCCCACAAGGCAGUUCUUUCAGCUCGCUCUCCCUUUUUCCGCAACCUCCUCCAGAGGAGGAUACGGACUGGAGAGGAGAUUACAGACAGGACACUGCAGACCCCCACUAGGAUUAUCCUGGAUGAGUCCAUCAUCCCCAAGAAGUACGCCAAGGUCAUCCUGCACUGCAUGUAUACCGACAUAGUGGACCUCUCCUAUGUCCUGCACUGCAGCCCCUCGAUCGGUAGCCUGAGUGAAGUUCAAGCCCUGGUGGCAGGGAAGGGGAACAUGAGCCGGGCCGAGGAAGCUAUGGAGCUGUAUCACAUAGCCCUCUUCUUGGAAUUCAACAUGCUGGCACAAGGCUGUGAAGAUAUCAUUGUGGAGAGCAUCUCUCUUGAUUCCUUAAUCGUCAUCCUGAGGUGGAGUUCUCAGCCCUACGGGUCGAAGUGGGUCUAUCGACAGGCCCUACAUUUCCUCUGCGAGGAGUUUAGCCAGGUCAUGACCUCCGACAUUCUUUAUGAGCUCAAUAAAGACGACUUGCUUACCGCGAUCCAGUCUGACUAUCUACAGGCAAGUGAGCAAGAUAUCCUCAAAUAUGUCAUCAAGUGGGGAGAGCACCAGCUUAUAAAAAGAAUGGCAGACAGAGAACCCAACUUGCUGAGUGGCACAGCUCACAGUGUGAACAAGCGGGGAGUGAAACGGCGAGAUCUGGAUAUCGAGGAGCUGAAGGAGAUUCUGUCGCCUCUGCUGCCCUUUGUUCGUAUUGCGCACAUACUGCCCACCAACAGUGAGGUCCUCUCAGACACCAUGAAGAGAGGAUUGAUCAGCACUCCUCCAUCAGACAUGCUGCCCACGGCUGAGGGGGGGAAAGCCAGUGCCUGGCUACGGCAGAAGAAUGCUGGCAUCUACGUCCGUCCUCGGCUCUUCUCCCCAUAUGUAGAAGAGGCCAAGGCUGUUCUAGAUGAGAUUAUGGUGGAGCAGACUGACCUGGUUCGAUUGCGGAUGGUGCGAAUGUCUAACGUGCCUGACACGCUCUACAUGGUGAACAAUGCAGUGCCCCAAUGUUGCCACAUGAUAACCCACCAGCAAAUCAGCAGCAGCCAGUGCAACCCUCCCACUGUAGUAGCCAAUGAAAUACCUGUCCCCAAGCUGCAAGUUGUGAAAGACAUGAUCCGAAGGCUACAGGAGCUACGACACACAGACCAGGUUCAGAGAGCUUACGCUCUGAACUGUGGAGAGGGAGCCACGGUGAGCUACGAGCUCCAGAUCAGAGUGCUGCGGGAGUUUGGGCUACCUGAUGCUGCAGCAGAGCUCCUGCAGAACCCACAUAAAUUCUUCCCCGAGGAGCGCUUUGGCGAUGAGAGCCCAGUUCUGUCAGUACGCCAACAUGGCCACUGUCGGAUUAACAGCACUCCAACAGUGGAAAGCAUGUUUACUGACCUGGAGUCCUUCACUGCCUUCCACCCGCCACUGCCCCCUCCGCCCCCUCCCUACCACCUCCCUGUCACACCCAGCCAAGGACAGCUGCAGGCUGGGUGGAGACCUCGAAUCCCCUGCCAGCCCCCCUCACGCUCCUUGUCUUACCCCUGUAACCACUCCCUGCUGCACCUGCGGCCCUCGUCCAAGCAUGGAGUCCCCACCUACCCUUCAGGAGCCAAAGCCAUCCCGCCCGACUGCACCAACACAGCAGGAAUGGGACAGACCCUUCAUCCAGAGAAACAGGGCAACAUGGAGCCUGUGAUCAAUGAGUUCAUGCCGGACAUUGCCAUGGGAGUGUCAGCCAUGAACCUGAAAGAGAGGAGAAUGCCAGAGCUGACUGUGGACGCUGAAGGACACGUGGGGGUAGCCGAGCAGCAGCACCAACAGACCACCUCAGCAGCUGCCUCACAUUAUCAGCCUUCUGCAAUCUGCCACCCCAGCAGGCACGGUCACAACUCCCGAAAAAAACAUGCCAUCGAGCAAAAAGCUGAGGGCCGCCAGGAGUACCCAGACCUUUACGACUUCACCUGUCGAGUAACCACUCCGGCCUCCAGCCGCCAUACACCUUCCCCUUCACAGGGAACAUACACCGGGCCUGACCUCUACAGUCACAGCCGGCCCUCCCCGGGCUCCCUGCCGCCCUCUUAUCUCCCUGAUAUGCGCUCCCAAAGGCCUGGCUCUGACCCGCUGCACCUGGAUGUGCUGGAGCAGCCCCCACAGCGGCUUGACUUGGCCCUGGCAGCACAGAACUCCUCUGCCGCGGGGGCCCAUGGGGUGGUCAGGGUCAGGUCCAAAAACGAGACAGAUCUGACAUGUGGUCUGGGUUCUGGGCGGGCCUCAGAGACUUAUGAGGAGCGCCCCCCUGGCCGGAGGUCAGCCCCUGACAGUACAGGGGGGUCAUUGGAGCCCACAGGAGCCUUGCAUCCACAUAGGAACAGUGCUAGUGAGGAGGCAAUAGCCAGCAGAGAGCGCAGGUCACCAAACAAGCCUGAUUACCAGUACAAGAAAUCUGCACUUUAAAAAUCAUAUAUAUAUAUAUAUAUAU